CAAAACCCUGCGCCCUCCUUCCUUCCUCCCCCGGACGGACGCACUUCCGGCGGAUGUGGGGGGGAAACCCCGGAAACGGAAGUGAGUGGCGGGGCUGGCUGACGGUAAGGGUGCUUAGAGGCAGUUCACAGAGCAAGCUGAAAAUGAAUACCAGAGGACUUGGAUCUCAGCUAAAGGACAGUAUUCCUGUUACAGAACUUUCAGCAAGUGGACCUUUUGAAAGUCAUGAUCUUCUUCGAAAAGGUUUCACUUGUGUGAAAAAUGAACUUUUGCCCAGUCAUCCUCUUGAAUUAUCAGAGAAAAAUUUCCAGCUCAACCAAGAUAAAAUGAAUUUUUCCACACUGAGAAACAUCCAGGGUCUGUGUGCUCCACUAAAAUUGCAAAUGGAAUUCAAGGCAGUGCAACAGGUAAGUAUGGUAGGCAGUUAUACAUGCGUCCCAUAUGUGUGUUGCUACCAAUUGGAAUGAUUGUUCUGUUUGAUA